CAGCAGUAAAGUCAGUUCCGUGGAAGUAUCCAAAUAUUCAACAAGCAGUUUACCAUAAAUCUCACAAUGCGGACGCUAGCCGCCCUUAUCCUGUUUGGAUGUGUAACAGUUAUUUGUUCCGGUCGCGAAAUCGACCGGAAAGAAACUGACCUGGUUGCUGCGGCGAGCAACCACAAAGGCCACCACCACGAGGAAGGUGGCGGCAAAGAGCACCACGCUCAUCAUCACCACGAACAUGGCGAGAAAGGACAUAAAGGACAUAAGGGACAUCAUCAUCAUCACAAGGGCGAGCACGGUGAUCAUCACAAGCACCACCACGAAGGACAUCAUCACGAACACGGAGGCGGUCACAAAAAGCACUGGGAUGAACACGAUCACCACGGUAAACAUCAUGAACAUGGUCAUCAUCAUAAGGGCGGAAAACAUCACCACAAAAAACAUCAUGAUAAGGGAGAAGAAACCGAAGGUUAUCACAAGAAAUACCAUAAAGACGAGUAUCACAAGGACCAUCACUUCUACGAUGAUCACCACAAGGAAGGCAAACAUCACAAACACGGCCAUCACCACGGACAUCACGAGAACCACGGAGGAGACCACAAGAAAGGCGGCCAUCACCACUCCGGGCAUCAUGAACACCACCACGGCAAGAAAGGACACCAUGACAAACAUCAUUAUGAUGAAGAUCACAAGGGACAUAAAGGCCAUGGUGGCCACGAGGAACAUCACCACCAUCAUCACGACCAUGGCAAGAAAGGUGGUCACGAGGACCAUAAACAUUGGGGAUUCCAUCACGGCAAACACUAA